AGCAGGAGGCAUCUGCACCUUCUAUAUUGUGUUUCGCCCUCUCCUCCUCCACGUAUUCGUUGUCUCCGUUGAGAGUGCACAGCCGCGGAGAUGCCAACCAAGGCGUCGUCGUCGUCUCGACAAACGUAUGAACUCAACGCCGAGACAGUGGCCGCCCUGCGCGCCGCCGUGGCCGCCGAUCCCGCAAAGCUGCAACGGCUCGAGGAGCGUCUCGUGCGCAGCGGCGAGCAGGCGGCACGCCGCACCGCGUUGGAGCGCAAAGUAGCCCUGCUGAGGUCCCGUAACGCCCUCCUGCGUGCGGCCGCGCAGCCACCGGCGGGCAGCACGGGCGGCAUCAACGAGUCUGCCACGGCGUCUGUCACGUCCUCCACCUCGCAUGGGAACACUGUUUCAGCGUUUGACUCGACCCUCACACGAGGGCUGUCGCCGCCCUCCCCUGCGACGGCGUCCGCUGUGGUUGCGCACUCAGUCAACGCAGACGAGUUCGACGAGAGCAGCAUCAACCGGGCUGCGCCGCCGGUGCCGGACACGUGGGGCAGCCAGCGGUCCGUCUUCCGCUACACCGGCCCGAGUGUGAAGGGGAUGGUGUCCGCGGUGAUGCAAGACGGGAUGCUGUACCGCGUAAUUACGGAUAAGGGGGAGUGGGCCUUUUACAACGACACGCGGUACUACGUGGUGCAGGUGCGUUAUCGCUUGCUCGGCGGCUCCGCUGUCACCCCUGGGCCUUCCGUGACCGUAGCGGCAGCCGGCGUCGACGAGGAGCUUAGCAUGGAGCUAGGCCCAGAGGAGACGAAGGUGCUGCUGAAGGGAAAGGUAGUCGACUUCGAGAACUUGUCCACGGCCGCCUUACUGCCGAAGAGAGCGGCCACGGCGGAAGAGGAACACCUGCUGUGUCAGGAGCCGCGGAACGCCUGGAAGGCGAUUGCGGCUGCCUACCCGCCUGCGGCCGCUGCCUCCGGUGGUGACGCUAGUGGCAGCAGUGACCGGUCCACGAUCAACGUUGAGGAGCUGCUGGCCUACUGCAUCGAGCACCACCUCCGCUUUGUUGACCCGACCUUCUUCGCAUGCCACGCCUCCCUCUACCGGCACAACAUCGAUGAGUUCUUCAUCGUCCCGCUGCAUUGGCGGUCGCCGUCGGCGUACCUGCCGGAUGAUGAUAAGGUCCGCCGCGAGGUGCGGCUCUUCCGCGGCCCCGACUUCAACGUGGACGGCCUCAACGCCGGUCACUUCUUCCCGGAUGGCGAGUUUCUCUCCUGCGUCUCGGGCCUGGCCUGCCGCUGCCCUGAGCAGCUACGAAAGCUGUUUCUGCACCCCAGCAGCGCCGAGGAGGGCCGACGCGAGCGGGCGGUUGGUGCCUUUCGCGUGAGUCUGUGUCGCAGUGGGUGGUGGGAGAGUGUGGUGGUCGACAGCUUCCUCCCUGCGUCGUCCACCUGUCCCGAGUUUAGUCACUGCGCGGACGACCUGCGGCUGCUGUGGCUGCCACUGCUGCAGAAGGCGUGUGCGAAGCUGUGCAGAUCCUACGCAGCGUCCCUCAACGUACCAAUGGAAGGUCUCGUAGGGCGUCUCACCGGCGACCCGUGUUGCACGCUGCGGGAGCUGUGGCCCUCGCGAGACGACCUGCGCUCGAAUACCACCAAGGCCGUCCGAUUCUUCUCCACUUUGAAGAAGCUGCUGCGGGGACCCUCCCCGUCUCCGUCCACGUCUUUGGCGGGACUGGCGUACCUCUGCUGGCUGCGGCCGUAUUCUCUCACCACCGCGCGCUCGCGGGACACGCGGGACAAGCUGGAGAAGCUCUACCGCGACGUCGGACUCAGACCAGGCACCGCCGCCGUCGUUCUCGGCCUGGAAACGUUGGAGGACGGCCAGUGCAUGGUGCGGCUCCGCCAGACCGCGGCGGAGAAGAAGCCGGUGGAAGCGUGGCUGGUCGUCUGGCGAAGCGCGAAGAAGCCGUGGGUGGACUCCGUGAGUGACUUCGUAUUCGCCCUCGGCGACGCGGAGGGCACGGUGUGGAUGGCGCUGGAGGACAUCCCACAGUACUUCCAAAGCGGCUACUUGACGCCGCUGACGAGCGACUGGGCAGCGGUGAAGGCGCGAGGGUGCUUCGCAAACGAAAGGCCCUCACUGGCGCUGCAGGUCACAGCGGCGGUGCCCACGCGGGUGUUGGUGACCGUGACGCAGGCGGAGACGGAGGCUUCGAGGCGUACCAAAGGAUCCAUCACCUCCGCUACUUUCUCCUCUUCUUCCAACUACGGGGAGAAGAGCGAGAUGGUGAAGACAGCCAGCGUCCUGGCUGGCUUGAGUUGUCUGGCGUUUUCGAAAGGCACGGCGGAUGCGCUGCGCUUUGUGGGGUUGAACAGCGACACCGCGGACGUGUUUGAGCUGUCCACCGCCGCGCCUCGCUUUGCGUAUGAGCGCGACGUGAGUGUGGGUCUGCUGCUCGAUCCCCACCGUGGUCCCUACUACUUCAUCCCCUGCCUUCACGCCAACGCCGCCGAUGUGCCUUACACUGUGACGGUGCAGGCGCAGGUCGAGUUUUUAGCAAGGAAAGGAGGCGCCGCGCAGGAGGCGAAGCUGUCGGUGGGGUUUGUAAAAGUCAACCCGGAUGCUGCACUCUUUCAGAAUGCUGCGAAGCCGACGCUGCGACAAUCUUCCAUCACACCGUGGACAUCGCCGCUGACCCAUCAAGUGCGUCCGCCCCACAACGGACGCAUCACAAUCGGAGAGGGCACCUCCGUCAACCUAAGCGUGUAA